ACGGCAGGAAGACACCCACCUCGGUUCCUUGCGCAAAGACAUGAAACUAGCUCAGUCUAUAUUUGGCCAUUGCUUUUAAUAGAAGCAGUUUGUGCUGGGUAAAAUUGUGGAUUCCGAAAGUUGCGGUCAAGGUGUUCGUUCCUAGAAAUCAGCUGACACAUGGUUUCUCCUGCCUUGAUGGUAUUUAAGUAUCAGGGCCAAAAGGUUCGUCAUUCGUCUACAGGUCUACGGAACGAGAGGUCGAUGUAAACAGUUCAGUCCCGUCCCUAGGUAGGGCAUUAUCUGGAAAAGGACGAUGGCGUGCGAUGACAACGUGUUGAGUUGUGCUGUAGACAUGUCAGCACGGCAGUCCUCUGAAUCCGGUCAAAAUUCUUGUGAGGAUGUUUUGGACAAAUUUCAAAAUAUGUCCGUUAACGACAUGUCACAUCCAGUUAUGUGUGGAAUAUGUCUCACCGUCAAUAUUUCCGAUUGCUGUUUGCAUGCUAACUUGAGUAUGGACUGUGAGAGAAUUAGACAGCCAAUGCAGUGUGACGUCAUGGACCUGUUCUCUCAAGACAAAGACGGUGACACCAACCUCCACGUUGCUAUCAUACAGAGAGAGGCCUACAUCGUGAUGAACAUGAUUGCACUAGCUCCUCACAAAGACUGGUUAAAUACUUCUAAUGGACUGUUGCAAACUCCUCUGCACCUCGCUGUAAUUACACGCCAAGUUGACGUCGUGCGACGUCUGGUGACGUCAGGUGCUUCUCCCGACGUCAGAGAUAUCUAUGGUAACACUCCUCUUCACAUUGCAUGCAGGGAAGGCUACGAUGAUAUCGUGGAAUGUCUUUUAACGCCAAUAAAAGUCGAGGAAGUUAUUGAUUUGAAAUUACCACACAUUCCUCAGGGUUUAUCACUUAAAAACUACGAAGGUCAUACGUGUUUACAUCUCGCUGCCACGGAAACCAGUUUGAGAGUCAUGGAUUUGUUACUUUCCGCCGGUGCCAACAUUAACAUUGGGGACGGGAAGAGUGGACGAACAGUCCUACACCAGGCGUCAGAGACUGGCAAUAGGAUACUCCUUCAUUUCUUGUUUAUGUGGGGGAAACUCGACGUCAACUGCACGACGUACGGCGGGAUGACGCCAUUAGCUCUAGCUGCCGGUCGGGGCUACGAUGACAUCACUGCCAUUUUGAUCGCUAACGGUGCUGACGCUGAACACAUAGAAACGGACAGUGAAUGUUAUUGAGCAUUAUUAAAGUGAGGUGAGUGAGGGUAUACACGGUUUUUGCAAUAUUGUAUAGCAAUAUCACGUCCUGAAAUCACAUAUGGGCUUUAUAUUUUAUAUACCAACGUGAUGGGGACCCAAACCCGGUCCUUCGGCGUUUCGAGCUAACACUUGACCUACUGCCCCAGCCUCCCUCCGAUUGCAAGGCAGCAAACUAUGGUUAUAGACGUUAAUAAAUAGAUACAUCUGUAAUACAACACAUUGUUUAACAAAAUGUAACAAUUUUCAGUUUUGUGCAUUUGGUAUAAGAAGUGAUAUUAUUUGGUAUAUUUUGUGUCUAGUUUUCGCCUGCGUAAUUUUCAAAGGGCGGGGUCUAAGGUGAAAAGAUUCUUUGGGUCUCGCAGUUUAAUAUGCAAGUUAGUAUGUUCAUCUCUGUGACGUACAAUUUACUGCUAUCGAAUCAUGCUUUGAAACAGAAACGGGGACAGGCAUUUUGCUGUCAUAGGUUGUUGUCGGACAUUUUAAGACGACAGAAAGUUUGUGUCAUAAGGGCUCGACCGGGAAAUCAGGGCUUAUAUGAGAGCCUAUUUACUAUUUAUUCCCAAUAUUAUGAUAUCAAAAAUUCAUUUUCUGGCAUCACAAAUUUGAUUUUUGAUAAAAAAAAAUGAUGUAUUUUAAAUAUCAUUAAAUCGGGUUAUUAAUAUCACAAAAUGAAUUGUUGAUGUCACAAAUUCUAUUUUGUCCAAUACUGAAGAGCAAAAGAAAGUAUACCGAGUUUUUUUUUUAUGUAGUUAAAAAGUGAAACAACUGUUACAUUUGAUUCACCAUCACUCAAAAUAAAUUGGCUCAAUGAAGACUGGGGUAGGAAAUGAAUUUGCAUCCACAUGACCCUGGUCAUGUUGGAAAUGUUGGAAAUGUAAGUCGGAAAAGGUAAAUUUAUUGAAUUUCAAAGAUAACACGUCUAAGAAACCCAUCAGCAGUCGUGCAUUAUGCGAAUAUUUUUAAGUAAUGUAAAUAUAUUUAAUAAGUUUCAAUCAAAUUAUAUUUUAUAAAAUAAAACCAUGUAAAGGUAUUCUGUGUUGACGUAUCUUGAGGACAGUUAAUUCUAUUAUAUAAUGUCGCUUACUUAAAAUAUUUCAGUUGAAAAUCAAACAUGAUAAAAUCAACCGAGAGGUAUAGUUUCUUUUGUUCCUCAGUAUAUGUUUUCUGACGUUUGUGAUUUGUAUAGGCAAGACGUAUGUUUUGUCCGAUUUGUUUUGUAUAAUGGUCGUGAAAUUGUUUAAUACCACACUGAAGGCGAUAUAUAUAUUUUCCAAUAAAUACCAUGCAUUACUGAUACCAAUGUCAUGUUUCAAGCAAACAACUGCUCUGUGAGUCAACAAUAGAAACCUGGAUCCUGGAUCCGUCCCACAUCUACCUCGAUGCUUAUGUUAUAUAUACAGUUUAUACACACAUUUACGUC